GCUUUUCCAGGCGGCGGCGAUAUGAUUUUAGAUUCAGAAAUAAUAUUGGUGGAUACAGAAACGGGGAGCUUGCUUCCAUUUGGUACACUAGGUGCCCAUAAAAAGAAAGAGUUUGCACACGCGGAAGUGUGUAUUUUCACGUUUGACUGUUUGUUGUAUAAGGGAGAAGAUUUGACGAACACCCCAUUUCAUAAACGCCGAAAAAUAUUGGAGGAACAUAUUGCGCCUAUCAAAUAUUGUGUUGAACUUUCAGAAAGUAAAUUUCUGAAAACAAAAAACGAACUAUCUAUUAUGACUGCCAAGGUCUUGAAGGCGAAUCUCGAGGGUGUGGUUCUUAAGAAUCCAAAUGGCAUUUACCAACCUGGCAAGCGUGGUUGGCUGAAGGUGAAAAAAGACUACCUCUUCGGGGGCAAAAUGGCAGACUCUGCAGAUUUGGUUGUAUUGGGUGCUUGGUAUGGUUCUGGCAAGAAAGGCGGUAUAUUAAGCAUUUUCUUAAUGGGUUGUUACGAUAGUACUGAUAGGCUCUGGAAGACUGUAACAAAAGUUCAUUCUGGCCUGGACGAUUCAGAAAACGAAAGAGUCCACGAAGAGCUUAUGACCCUGAUGGAACGUGCCGAUCCGAAUAGAGUACCCUCAUGGCUGCUUUGCAAAAGAGCUCUGGUGCCAGAUUAUAUCGCAAAAAUACCCAAUAAAAUGCCUGUUUGGGAAAUAACAGGAGCCGAAUUUACUAAAUCGGAAGCGCACACAGCUGAGGGAAUUUCAAUACGAUUUCCUCGUAUAACGAGAUUACGUGCUGAUAAAUCUGCAGAUCAUGCUAACGAUUUAAAAUAUCUUCAAAAACUAUAUGAUGCUUCUAAAAAGGAUGUUAACGUCGAUUUAUUACUGUCCAACUGUGACGAUGAAGAUGGGGGAGGAAAACCUAAGAUUGAAGAAAUUGAAUCUAAAAUAAACCUUACGCCAAAGAAAAAAUCCAAGACCGAAAAUGACGAUGAUGACAUACCAGGAAGCAGCGGUAAUAUGAAAAGGAAGAGUACUGAGAUGGAAAAAGAGUUUUGUAAUAGUAGCAAGAAAAGAAAAACGCAGAGCCCAAAUAUGAAUGGAGAAAAAUCGAAAACUAUAGUAAAGGUGGAAGGAAAACAGACCAAAUUAGAUUUCAGUUCUCACGUCAAGGGGGAAAACAAAUUUAGUGAUUUUUUGAAGAAGGAAUCGCCAGCCGGUGAUUGUAGUACCGAUUUGCCCAAAAAGAGCGAUAUUUUUAAAAAUUUAAUAGCAUAUUUCGAAGAUAAAAUUAAAGAUGAUAAACUGAAAUCAUCCUUCGUUUCAAAUGGAGGUGUAGUAACCGAAAAUUCCCAAAAUGCAAACAUAGCAUUUUAUUCAACUACAAAACUUGAUAAAGAUUUGGGUGAAAUCAGGAAUUGUUACAAAAAUGGCACACGGCAUUUGAGCGUUGACUGGCUUUGCGAUUCACUGCGGGAAGGAGAAUGCAAAGAUUAUCCAAUCUAUGCGGUUGUAUUGUUAUUUAUGGCGUAUUUUAUCAAACAACACCGAUGUACCUAAUUCGAGAUACAGAUCUUCUGCGACAAAUCACAGUAAAGGACUUCGAUCACUUCCUGAACCACAAUAACUUCUUUGGUGA